AUGAGAUAUCAGAAAGAUAUCAGUAAGAUGUCAGUUCAAAUGACGAUGUUAGCCAACAACAUAUACCUACUCCUCCUUGUCUUUCAAUUCUCACUACUAGCAGCUCUACCCUUCCACCAAUUACUAAUACAUAAAAAACGAGACAGUGAACCCAUUUCUAGGUUAUUUGAAGAAAUAGAAAAUUCCAACAAUCCAGUGGAAUCGGUCACACAUCCAAGAGAACAGCAGGGUGAACAGAUGCCAGAAAGGGCUCAGCCCUGUAUAUCUAUACAUUACCUCAUGGUUUUAAAAAAUCAGUUCCAAAGUCGGAUUGAUCCUAACGACGACGGUAAAGCCACCUUUGAUGAAAUUAGGCAAUUUCUUCGCCAUUAUCAUAGUGACGUUAGUCCAGAGACGAUCAAUAAAUUUAUUGAACGUAGAGAUUUGAACGGUAAUGGUGUCAUUGAGUUAAUACCAGAAUAUAUUUUAGAUAUUACCACCCCUGAUUAUACGCUAGGUGGCGCCAAAGAAUGGUUUAAUCUUGAAGAUAGUAAUGGCGACGGGAAGGUAUCGAGGCAAGAACUAGAGACGAUAGCCCAGAAUGUUGGUAUGUCAAGACAGGAGGCUGAGUUCACAGUAGAUACCUAUUAUAUGACGAUGGAUAGAGAUGGUGACGAUAGCCUGAGCUGGAAUGAAUAUCGAGCUCUAUACAGCCCUUAA